GAAGAGUUUCGCUAUUCCGUGUUUAAAAUUUAAUUCAAAUUAUUGGUGUUAUUGCGGAUGUAGGCAUAAGUCACCAAGAACAGCCGUGUGAGAAGACGUGUAUUGUCUAGCCCGCAGAGCAGAAGAGAAUUGAAAAUGCCCAUUUUGUAUAGUGUGGUAACACGUGGCCCGACCGUACUGGCCAGGUAUGCGGAAUGCGUCGGCAACUUCACAGAAGUUACGGAACAGAUCAUUCCUAAGAUACAGCUCGAAGAUCACAAGCUCACGUAUUUGCAUGGUAACUACUUGAUUCAUUACAUCUGCGACAACCGAGUUAUCUAUCUUUGCAUCACGGACGACAGGUUCGAACGAUCGCGAGCGUUUAUGUUUCUGCAGGACAUCCAUCAAAGGUUCAUAGCAACAUAUGGCUUGACGGUGGCCACUGCAAUUGCCUAUGCGAUGAACACGGAGUUCUCGCGCACUCUAGCCCAGCAAAUGCGAAACUACAACGAGGGUCUCCAGCAAGAUGCGAUAAGCCGAGUGAACGGGGAAAUCGGCGAACUGAAGGAUAUCAUGGUGAAGAACAUCGAAAACUUCACCAACCGAGGUGAACGACUGGAGCUACUCGUCAACCAGACAGAGAACCUGCACAGCAACUCCGUGACAUUCCGUCAAACGUCCCGCAACUUGGCUCGCACAAUGUUCUGGCGUAACGUUCGGAUGUACUUCCUCGUGGCCGCUAUUCUCCUGUUCGUGAUCUACGUUAUCGUGAGCAUGUCUUGCGGUGGAUUACUCUGGCAAAGCUGCAUCCAUUCGAACCCAGCUCCUCGAGAUCCACCGAAUGCCCUAUAAAUUAUCUGUCUUUCUUAUGUUGGCGGUGAGCUAAAUUCAAACGACAAACAACUAAUGAAUAGGGCUUAAUAGGAUUGAAUCGUACAUGAAAAGGGUUACGAGCUCCACAUGUGAGCCUUGUAGGGUAGACAGGUCCGUGUGAGCAUACGAGCACGAUAAGAAUGGUUUUGUUCCCCCUUAUGAAGUUUUCUGCAGUCGUUUCGGAAAUAUAAGAAGGCUUUGUGAUUGUAUCAAGAGCAUCGUUGAGUAUGCUUUUCGUAAUACAUAUUCGCCGUCUCUUGAUCAUGUUGUGAUGAAAAUUCCGAUAGAGUUUCCUGUUCGUUUUUAUAAAGGAAAUGUUUUCAAAUUCCGCUAUUCUGCAUUAGCGAAAACGUUGCACCAUUGUUGUCUUUACCUUACUUGGUUUUUCGUUUACUUGAUCAAUUUCAGCACAUUAUUGUUAUCCUUUGAUCAUUUUCUACACAUCAACUCUCAGUUAAUUUUUGUGAUACUUUUUAUGCGCGAAUGAAUGGUAGGCGUUGAUGUUUAAUGCGGUUUUAUUAAUAGUUGAAUAAACAUGAUUGGGUCACGAAUAAAAAUUUACAGUAAUGAUGAUGCAUUUCUGCAUCGACCUUAAAAACACGUCUCGGAAUUUCACGCGCACAAUCAUUUAUUCAUGAAUUAUUCUUAACUAGUAGCUAAUCUUGUUGAAUUCGCAGCAUAUAUUGUAUGCCAGCAUUGAUAACGGGUUGAUAUGGUUGCCGUUUCAACAUAGGCAUUUGAAAAAGUUUGGUUGAACAUUGUCCUUUCUGUUAAGUAGCAUAAAACUUAAAUCCAAUGGUGCAGAUAAUAUGAGCCUUUCUGAACAAAAUCAUCGCUAAGAAGAUCUGAGAUUUUUUAAAAGUAAUGGACGAAUAUAUAGAUUUACAUAUAAACUUACUAUACCAGAUAUUACUCAAUUCAUUAU